AUGGCGAACGAUACUUCUAGUUGUGAUUUUCAUAAUAAACGUCUUGGUCUUUUAAAAGAUCAAGUUCAUUUGGUGAAAAGGAAAGAUUCUAAUCGCUAUGAGAUUGCUGCAAUACAAGAUCAACUAUCAUUUGAGAAGGGGUUUUUUAUAGUCAUUCGUGCAUGUCAAUUGUUGGCUCAAAAGAAUGAUGGAAUUAUAUUGGUUGGGGUGGCGGGUCCUUCCGGAGCAGGGAAGACUAUAUUUACUGAAAAGAUACUUAACUUCAUGCCUAGUGUUGCUGUUAUUUCAAUGGAUAAUUACAAUGAUGCUAGUCGAAUUGUUGAUGGAAACUUUGAUGAUCCACGCUUAACUGACUAUGACACAUUGCUCCAGAAUUUACAAGAUUUAAAGGAAGGAAAGACAGUCCAGGUUCCGAUAUAUGAUUUCAAGUCCAGUUCACGCGUAGGAUACAGGACUGUAGAACCCCCGACUUCCAAUAUUGUGAUUAUAGAGGGUAUCUAUGCUUUGAGUGAGAAGUUGCGAACUUUGCUGGACCUUCGAGUUUCUGUUACAGGUGGAGUUCACCUUGACCUUGUAAAGCGAGUUAUACGCGACAUACAACGUGCUGGCCAAGAGCCUGAAGAAAUUAUUCAUCAAAUAUCUGAGACGGUAUAUCCGAUGUACAAGGCUUUCAUUGAGCCAGAUCUCAAGACGGCGCAUAUAAAAAUUACCAACAAAUUUAAUCCAUUUACUGGAUUCCAGAGCCCGACUUACAUUUUAAAGUCAGCAAAGAAUGUAGCAGUUGAUCAAAUUAAAGCUGUUCUCUCUGAAGAUUGUAUGGAAACAACCGAGCAAACUUAUGAUAUAUAUCUUCUACCUCCCGGUGAAGAUCCAGAAACAUGCCAAUCAUAUUUAAGAAUGCGAAAUAAGGAUGGGAAAUACAGUCUCAUGUUUGAGGAAUGGGUGACAGACAACCCCUUUGUCAUAUCGCCGAGAAUUACUUUUGAGGUCAGCGUGCGCCUCCUUGGUGGACUAAUGGCCUUGGGAUACACGAUAGCUACUAUCCUCAAGAGAAACAGCCAUGUUUUUUCUGAUGAUAAAGUUUGUGUGAAACUAGAUUGGCUUGAGCAACUUAAUCGACAUUAUGUUCAGGUACAGGGGAGAGAUCGGGUAGUUUUGAAAGAGAUUGGAGAUCAGCUGGGUCUCGAAGGUUCCUACAUUCCUCGUACAUACAUUGAGCAAAUUCAACUUGAAAGGCUUGUGAAUGAGGUUAUGGCUCUACCAGAUGAUUUGAAGACAAAGCUCAGCCUAGAUGAGGAUUUGGUUUCAAGCCCCAAAGAAGCACUUUCUAGAGCCUCUGCUGACAGGGUUGCCAUGAGAAAUGAGAAUAUGAGGAGUGGAUUGUCCCAGUCAUAUACAAGUCAAAGGGACAAAAAUGCAGCCAAAGUUAAUGGAUAUUUUACCAACAAUCAAGGGUUUGAUGAAAGAAAUUCAGAUUCCUCCACAACACAAUUAAAUCAGAGAGCCAUUAGUCAGCUUUCAGAGCAGAUUUCCGCUCUCAAUGAUAGAAUGGAUGAGUUUACAAAUCGUAUUGAAGAGUUGAAUAGCAAGCUAACCAUUAGGAAUAAGUCUCCAAGCCAACAAAAUAUGUCGGCUCAAGCCGAAGCUUGCAAUGGUUCUGCUCCCACGUCUUACUUCAUCAACAGUUUGGGCAAUGGUAGCAUAACUGGUUAUAAGAUGCCACAUUCCUUGUCUUCAUCCCAAUUAAAUAAGGAGUCUCCCUUAAUAGAUGAGAUAUCGGGCAUUACGCGUGGCCAGCGUCAGAUCAUGCAUCAAAUGGACAAUCUAAAUAAUCUUCUUCGGGGUGGUUUAGGGGAAAGGUCUCAGCAAACAAGAAUCAACAACAAGAGCAUAAUUACAGAUUUGAAUUACAUUGGUGCGAGUUUUGUAGUGGUAAUCGCAGUUGGUUGUUUGGGGAUCUUUUUGACCCGAAAGUGA